AUUUUCCAGACCCUAUCUCAUCUCCUUUGCUUGCUUCCGUGACCUUGGCAGCAACCUCGUUUGGUGCUCAGCCCAAGGUUUCCCCAGCCAUGGAGUUACCCAUUGGCACUGCUCAGGGAUUCUAUCGUCCCGUCUUUGGGGCCUAUACAGUCCCUCCCUUCCAGUUCCAGGCUCGCCAUGAGAGCAUGGACUGGAGGCGCAUCAGUGCCGUGGAUGUGCACCGUGUGAUACGGGAGCUGGAUGUAGCCACCCUGCAGGAGAACAUCACUAGCAUCACCCUCUGCAACUUGGACAGAGAGGCAUGCAUCCACUGUGGGAAGCCUAUGGACCCGGCACUGCUCAAGGUACUGCGCCUGGCGCAGCUGUCAAUUGAGUACCUGGUUCACUGCCACAACAGCAUGAGGACCAGCAUUGCCCAGCUAGAGGCACGGCUGCAGGCCAGCCUGGACCAGCAGGAGCGUGGUCAGCAGGAGCUGGGCCGCCAAGCUGAAGAGCUCAAGGGUGUGCGGAAGGAAAGCCAUGAGCGUCGAAAGAUGAUCAGCACCUUGCAGAAUCUGCUCCAGCAGACAGGUGGCCAGUUCUACCACAUGUGCCAUCAGUGUGACAAGAUGUUCGUGAAUGCCACCUUUCUCCAGAGCCACAUUCAGCGCAGGCAUGAGAGCAAGACGGAAGGUGGUGAGUCUAGGUGGCCCUUCUAGGACUGUGGAAGGACCCUGACUGGAACUCAGUGGGUGGGGGCACAUAUAUCACCAAAGCUGCCCUCACAACCUUGCCUCCAGCUGAGGGUGGGAUGAUCCCAAUGGGGAUGGGAGGUUUCUGACCAUGUGCAUAGAGAAAAGGAGCUGGCAGGCACACGGGCAGGUGCCAGUCUUAACUUUGCCCCUUUCAGUUACCGUCAGCGCUUCCCCCUCUGAGUCUCAGCGGCUCUCACUACGAGUGGGGCAGUUAGACAGAGUGAAUUUGAAGGGUCCUCCCCCAGCCUUCUGUGAAUCUGCUGUUCUCUGAUUCGGACUGUGAAUGAGCAUAAAGGGGGUUAAUGAGCAAUCAGACCAGGUCUUUGACUUUAUUCUGUACAUAAGCUCAUUAUGACAUAAUCACCUUAAUUUUACGGUUUCAAAUUACAAAAUGGGUAGUAAAGCUCUGUUUACUCCACAGAGAGAUGUGCAUGCUUUAUAUCCCUUUUUGAGGUUCAGUAAGAAAAACUAUUAAAACAUAACAUAUAGGCAUGAAAAUAUUAAUAUAAUACAAAGAUUGAAAAGUCCCAUAAUAAAACUAUCUUCUUAUUUUCCCUCAUUUUAAUUUCCUUUUCAAAGAACAGACUUAGUUUUAAAACAGCACUAUUUACCUAGUCACUGUGCAUUUAUUGUAUAUUUAAUUACUCUUGAUUCUAUCUUGGAGGCUGCUAAAGAAAAACAGAUUUUCCCCUUCUUAAAUAUUUUUUCU